CUUCGCAGCAUCAAACUCAGCUUCUCGAGACCAACUCCAACCCAGGCCAGCCAGCGGAGUCUGCAUUAGAGUCGUAGCUCGCGCCCGUGCGCUUCUUUCCUUCCUACCUUAUCACUCACGAAACACACACACUUCGAGACUCCAACACAUCUCAACCGCAUCAUCAUCAUGUCUAGCGCAGCUCAGAACACCGCCAACGUCGCCAAGGAUCAGGCCGACAACAUCCAGAAGCAGGCAUCUGACCUCGCCUCAAACGCGCAGGCUCAGGGUGACUCGCUCGUCAAGCAAGCCACUGACCUGGCCACCAACGCCUACAACUACGCCGCCCAGCAGGCUGGCAUUGCCGGCCAGAAGGGCAGCGAGGCCGCCGACCAAGCCAGUAAGGCCGCCUCGGACGCCUCUGCCCAGGCUCAGGGCGUCGCCAACUCGGCCUCCAAGGACGGUCAAGCUAACGCCGAAGCCGCUCAGCAGACCCUCGGUGACCUCGUCAACCAAGGUCGUCAGCUCGUAGCCAACGCCCUCGACUCGGCCAACUCGUAUGUCAAGCCAGGCCAAGAGGGAGCAGGAGACGGUGUCGUCGACAAGGCAAGGGCUCUUGCCUCCAACGUCGUCGACCAGGCUUCGUCCAUUGCUCGUGGUGCUCAAGAGCAGGCCUCCGAGGCUGCCGGCACCGCUUCGCAGCAAGCAUCGCAGGCGGCCAACGAUCUCUCCAAGCAGGCAAAGGACGCCAGCGCUCAGGCUCAGGGAGCCGUCGCCGGUGCCACCAAGUAGAGCAUGUCCAAGGAAGCUUUUUCAACUCUUUGCCUAGUCUCUCAUACCCCUUU